CUAUGGCGAUGGCUGAGAAGAAAAACGAAUAUCCUCCGGGCGUGGAGGCUGACAGACGCCUGCUGCCUUUUGAUACCUGGGAAGAUUAUUUAGACUCACUUAUAGAAAUUGCCGAUCUGCGUAAUCUCAGAAGUAUUGAUUCUGCAAGGACGAUAGCUGCGCUUGGUUACAGAGCCAACGGCGAUACGUUGUCAGAAAAAGAAUUCUACACACGUCGCGCUGUCAUACACAGCAUAGUCUAUCCCGUAGUCCGUCCGUACGUGUUGGUCAGCGAGGGCGCUAAAAUUGACGAUCCUUUCAAUCGAGAACUGUCUGUACGGGAACGAGCGAAUAGAGUUGGAAUUUUACAGUCGGUGAUUUUCAUCCGUCACUUCACCAAAGGCGGUUUUGAAAUAUCCGGCUACAUAGAUUACGCGCAUCGACUCAUAUCAGAAGAUUGGAGACCGUUUUUUCGAGCGAAUAAAAUGCUUUGGCCGAGGGACAACGAUUUGGGUUACUAUCAUUGGAGACACGGUACAGUGAGAAGCAACAUUAGCAGAAACUACAAGCCGAUAAUGGAUCCGGAUCGAGGUCUCCUGUUUCAGAAUCGUCACGAUCACAAAAUUAUUUACCCCGAUCCGCACCAGGAUCCUGGUCAGAACACAACCAAGCAAAGAAUAUAUUCACCACGUUACACCCAAAUAGAAAUUUACGAUCACGUGGUUAGAAGAAAAAGUUGACAGGCUAAACAAAAUGCCCUUCCCACAAAUACUUUUAGGGAUUUUUAACACUUGAAUUUUGUAAAGUAUUAAAAAUAUAUACUACGACAUAAUAUGUUUUAUUGAAUUUACUUCUUAUUUACUUUUUUUAUCUUUAAAUAAUCUUAGCUAUGUGAUACCAUUCACAUAUUUAG